AUGGCUACAGUUACCGUUUCCAGAAGAGCAGCGAACAGAAGCACUGAAGAUUGUUAUGCUUCUCCGGCAGUGCUACCCCUUGGACCUUCCACAACCUCUCAAACCCAUCAUCUGGCUCCCAAAAGGCAGAAAAGAUCAUCCGGAUCUAGUUCUGAUUCAGAUGAAACAAUAAACGGCAUAAGAGUUGAAGAUUUCCGUGUAGGGGGCCCAUACCUCUGUGUCCUUCCGGCCAAGAAUUUCACCACAUCUCAGCAACAUCCAGCCACCACAAAGUGGAAUUCCCAGUUUGAAUGGGAUAUAAUCAAUCUGCUAAACCGUCACUCAGUCCACUGCAAGUCUCUGAACCUUGUAGACAGACGAUCUGCCAAAUACGAGGACAGUGGAGAAACAGAAACUGUAGUGGUUUCGGCCACCAGAACCAACCAAGAUAGGUCAUGGCUGGAUGCUUGCCUUGAAAUCCGCGCCUUCUUUCAGUUUCAUGGCUUGCCUACCCUCAACAUCGAGAUUAUUGAUGAACGCGCAAGCAUGGAAAAAUACACCUUUCCUGUAUUUGAAAAUGACAAAAUCUAUUCCAAGUGGAAUGACUUAUCUUCACAAAUUUGUCAACUUAUUGGGAUGGAAGGUUGGCUAUCUUUGGAGUGUUUUCGGAGAGGUACAAAUUUAGACCGCCAAAACAACCCUCCAACCAUUAUUUUAACUAUCCCAAUGGAUUCAACAAAAGCCUGGAAGGCCGAGCGAGAUCAGAUUACUUCUUUGCUAGAUGCUGAAGGCCUGGAGGAGGUAGCAGUCGAAGUUCUAAGAAGCUACGUUUGGCGAGCGACUGAUGUGGACCUCGUUGUCCUUCCAGAUAAUGCUUGGGAACAGAAGGCACAGCUGGGAAUGAGCAUCGGCCUGCAUGGAUCUGAUAUUAAAAGCUCUACUUUCGGUGGUUUUCUUCAGCUGUUGCAUCCCAGUACCAAGCAGUGGCAUACCUUUGGUGUGACGUGCUACCAUUGCAUCGAGCCAGAACAGGGGGGCAAUGACUCUUCGGGGUUGUUUAAAGAUAUCAAGAAAUGGAGAGAAAAGGGCAUGACCGUUAACGAGGCGACAACCGCCAAUAUCCGUAUAGACCAACCGGCAAUAAAGGACCAUUUAGCAAGAAUGAACAUGAUUGAGCAAAGAAAGGUGGAUUGGAUGAAAUCACCACUACAGAAGCGUGUCAAAGAGGCAAUGAUAAACAAUGAAUUUAUCAUUCCAAGGGAUGAGGCUUUCUAUAAGCACUCAGAAGCUGCAAUAAAUCAGUCUCUUGUCAUCAAAAACAAAGCUGAAAAGUUUUUUGCUACUGGAAAUGCUCUUCUUGGAAGAGUUUUUGCUGCUUCUGGAUAUAGAUCAACCCCCAAUCCUGACAGAAGACAGCUAGAUUGGGCUCUAAUCCAAGUUGUUACACCUCGUAUUGGUAGUAAUAAUGUACCACCAGUUGGUUCAUAUGAGGAUGAGAACGGUUUCAGUGUCUUUUCAGGGGAACUUAUGGGUCAACCCCCCAAAAAGAAAAUUCUUCAUGAAUCAUCUUUGUACAAAAUUGGCCGUCGGACCAAUUUCACCACCGGAAAAUAUCAAUCAUUACGCACUCUACAUCUUGAAUCAUGGGAAACUGAUGAUAAAGGCAAGAAGCUUGUUGUUGUGACAGAGGAGGAGGCAAUAGCAUCCAAGAAGGGAUCACUGUUCUCAGCAAAAGGAGAUUCUGGGUCAUUUAUAUUUGAUGAAGAAGCAAACUUUGUAGGCCUUUUGUUUGCGGGGAAUAUGGAUACGGGUGUGGGAUACUUCACUCCUGCGACGAUCCUAUUUGAAGAUAUCAAGGCAAUGACCGGGGCGCUCGACGUACGCUUACCUUUAUCGUAACUGCGGAAAUUUUCAAAUG